CUCUGCGGCGGGGCCGGGCGGGCCCGGACUCUGCCUCCCUCCCCCGCCCGCACCUUUCCCCGACCGGGCCGCCGCCAGCUCCGCACCGCCCCCGCCGUGUCACUCAGCCCCAUCCCGGCCCACACCCCCGGGCAGGGCGGAGGCAGCACCCUGUUCGCACAGACACCCCGUUUCCCCGCCCGGCCCGCCCUGUGCCGGCGAGAGAGACCGGCCCGCUCUUUCGCAGCCCCGGCCGGCCGCCGGGACGAUGACUUUCCAAUGGACGGCAGUGGCUGCCUUCCUGUACGGCGAAAUCGCAAUAAUUCUCGUGCUCUGCCUGCCGUUCAUUUCUCCGCUGAGAUGGCAGAAGAUUUUUAUGUUUCCUCUAUGGAGCAAAAUGGCAGUAUUUUGGAACAAGAUGUUCCUUACAAUAAUAGUUCUGUUGAUCGUCUUGUUUCUUGAUGCUAUUAGAGAAGUCAGGAAAUACUCAUCUGUUCAUGUGAAUGAAAAGGCUGCAAAUGUCAACAGCAGUGCCUUUGAUCAUAUUCAGAUGAAACUCUUUCGGUCGCAAAGAAACCUGUAUCUCUCAGGUUUUUCCUUAUUUCUUUGGCUUGUAUUGAGACGUACUGUUACCCUUCUUACUCAGUUGGCAAAAGAGAUGGCAUCUCAUGCAGCUCUGGAAACACAAGUAAAUGAUGCUACUGAAGCAGCCAAAAAAUACAUGGCCGAGAACGAAAGGCUGCAAGAGGCCUUGAGUGGAAAAGGAGAUGGUAAAAAGAAAGAGUCAACAGAUGCAACUGAGGAAAAGUUGAAGGAGGAAGUUGAACAUUUGAAAGCAGAGCUACAGAAGACAUCAAGUGCUUUCCAUAAGGCAAAAACUGAAGUGGCUACAGUUAAAAAGCAGUCUGAGGGCCUUAGAAGAGAAUAUGAUCAUCUGAUGAAAGAAUUUGAACAGCUUCAGCAAAGUUUAAAUAAAGCAGAAGAUAAGAAAGAUCUGUAAGUGCAUCUAAGAUGGAUGGCAUCGCUACAGUUGCUUGAAUGAGAAAAGUCUUGUGCUGUUGAUGUUCCUGAUCCAUACCUGAAACAAAACUUGAUUUUUCUGAAAAGCACAUGCAUUGCAGGUCACUAUUCAGAUUCCUCUAAUAAAUCAGUUGCCAAAAUGUUCUGCGUUGCAAAUAAAAUGCUAAGUGGCUUACUGGAUUUACCAUGGAGUUUGUCACUGCUCUUGUGAGGAGAAACUCAAAAAUCUUUGAAUUCCACCUGGAGCAACCUGUUUUCCAAGUUUAUUCUUCCCAUGAUGGUAGCAGAUCACCAUUGCUUGUUGCAUUUGAGUGAGGUUCUAUAUCACACUAGAUCAUAAAAACAAUUACUUAAACCUCAUUUGCAGCACAUGUUUGGAGUGUUAAAAGCUCAGUUCCCAGUGGGUUGAAGAAGGCUGAAAGCUUUUUAUCAGUGGAAAACUGAAUGACAAUCAGACUAAGGAAAAUAAAUGUUGCAUUUCUAAAUGCAGUGCAAUUCCAAAUGCAAUCCACCUCACUAGCUUGUGAUAUUCACUUUAGCCACAUGGAUUUGAGUGUAUUUUAACAAACAAUAUUUUGCAUGCCUCUGGUUUAUUUUUCUUUAAUAUAUUGGGAUAUUUCAGUUUUGGGUUGGCUGGUAUUAGCAGUCUUUAUUUUUACACUGUUUACAUUGGUUUACUCCUUAUGUACUACUUAACUUCUUUUGCCUCGCUAAGUAAAAAAUCUUCUUAAAUGUAGAUAGUUUGUUUUGUUUUGUUUUCAUGGAUACAAUACCUCAAAUAAAUGUGCACUGUUUUGCAUAAGACCUUUUUGGUAUUCAGAAAGUUGUUUUGAGUUAAUUUGUUAGUUGAUUCCAGUUUAUAUUUGAAAGUUUGAUAUGUUUGUUAUAUUAAAGGGAUUGUUUAAGUUCA